UUUCAACCCAGUGGAAAGAAUCAAGCGAAGGCGCGCCAACCGAGUGGUUCGUAAGUGUCUUCAAGCUCGAAAAAUUAACUCCCAAUCAGUCAUGGCCAUCGACUGCCUCGUCCUUGGGGCAGGCCAAGAGGUUGGGAAAAGCUGCGUGGUGGUGUCGAUAAACGGCAAGAGAAUUAUGUUCGACUGUGGGAUGCACAUGGGGUACACCGAUUCUCGUCGAUAUCCAGAUUUCUCUCUCAUUUCAAAGACUGGAGAUUUCGAUAAUGCUCUCACUUGUGUCAUCAUUACUCACUUUCAUUUGGAUCAUAUUGGAGCGCUUCCUUACUUCACUGAAGUUUGCGGUUAUAGGGGCCCUAUUUACAUGACUUAUCCGACAAAAGCAUUGGCUCCUUUGAUGUUAGAGGAUUAUAGAAAGAAUAUGGAUCGAAGGGGUGAGGACGGACAAUUUACUUCUGAUCAUAUUACGGAAUGCAUGAAAAAAGUUAUACCAGUGGAUUUGAAGCAGACUGUGCAGGUUGAUAAAGAUCUUCAAAUCCGUGCCUACUAUGCAGGACAUGUUCUUGGGGCAGCAAUGUUUUAUGCAAAGGUGGGAGAUGCUGCUAUGGUGUACACAGGAGAUUAUAAUAUGACACCAGAUAGACAUCUUGGGGCAGCUCAGAUUGAUCGACUUCAGUUGGACCUUCUUAUAACAGAGUCUACUUAUGCGACAACCAUACGAGAUUCAAGAUAUGGCCGAGAGAGGGAGUUCCUUAAAGCUGUUCAUAACUGUGUUGCUGCUGGAGGAAAGGUGCUUAUUCCUACUUUUGCUCUAGGAAGAGCUCAGGAACUCUGUAUAUUAUUGGAAGAUUAUUGGGAGCGCAUGAAUCUAAAAGUUCCUAUUUACUUCUCAUCAGGUUUGACCAUUCAAGCCAAUAUGUAUUAUAAAAUGCUUAUUAACUGGACCAGCCAGAAGAUUAAGGAGACAUAUGCCACACAUAAUGCAUUUGAUUUUAAAAAUGUUCAAAAUUUUGACCGUUCUUUGAUAAAUGCUCCUGGGCCUUGUGUUCUCUUUGCAACACCUGGCAUGAUUAGUGGUGGGUUUUCACUUGAGGUUUUCAUGCAAUGGGCGCCUUCUGAAAUAAAUCUCAUCACAUUGCCUGGGUAUUGUGUGGCUGGAACAAUAGGACAUAAGUUAAUGUCAGGUAAACCCACCAAAAUUGAUUUGGACAAGGACACCCAAGUUGAUGUGCGGUGCCAGAUUCAUCAGCUAUCUUUCAGUCCUCAUACAGAUGCCAAAGGAAUUAUGGAUCUUGUCAAAUUUCUCUCACCUAAGCAUGCUAUACUUGUACAUGGUGAGAAGCCUAAAAUGGCUACUCUUAAAGAAAGAAUUCAGUCAGAACUUGGAAUCCAGUGUUAUUGUCCUGCAAACAAUGACACAGUGACCAUUCCUACAACCCACUAUGUGAAAGCAGAUGCUUUAGAUGCAUUCAUCAAAAGUUGCUUGAAUCCAAACUUCAAGUUCUCAAAAAGUAGUUCUGUGGAUAAAUCUUAUUCGGGUUCAAAUGACUCAAAGGCCAUUCCAGGACUACAGGUAAGUGAUGAAAGAGUUGCUGAAGGUAUCUUAGUAGUGGAAAAAGGCAAAAAGGCAAAGGUUAUACACCAGGAUGAGCUUCUGCACAUGUUGGGAGAAAACAAGCAUGAGGUUCAGUUUGCUUAUUGUUUCCCAAUGCGUACUGAAAGGUUAGAGAAGACCAGAAGCGAGGACCUCCCAUCUGCUGAUGAUUUGCUCUGUGGUCUUGACAAAUGCACUUUGAUCAGUCUAUUGUCAACAAAGCUAUCCAAUGAACUCUCUGAUGGGAACAUCCAAGAUUUGGGGGAGCAGCUUCAAGUAGAAUCAUUCUGUUUGUCCAUUUGUUUGAAGGACAAUUGCCCUCAUAGAAUAUCUGAUAGUGUUCAGAAUGAUUCUGAAGUAGUGUUCUGUUGUUGCUCUUGGUCAGUGGCAGAUGAAAUGCUUGCAUGGAAAAUCAUUUCAAUCAUGAAUAAUUAUACUUUACCACUUGAAGGUCGUCUACAGGUGCACAUAUAGUUGCCAGUACUUAAGGAGUCCAAUCUUUCAGCUUGGAAAUUCCUUUUCAGUUCUAACUUGUAUACCUAAGGGAUGUAGUAUGUAUAAGGGUGUGAACAGAGUUUUAUGGAGUUCAAAAUUUUGAUCAUGGAAGGUUAUUUGACUAAACAUGUUUUUCCAUUUUUAGUCUAAAGAGCCCUUGUAUUCCAUCUUAAA